UGAUAACUAUAUAUACCCGCUGACCGGUUCAGUCUAACACGAUUUAACAAGCUAAUAUAACUUGUCUCAAGUUUGUUAAAAAAGAACCCUCAAUAUGAUCUCUCAGGUCUUCAUUUUAGCUUUUGUAGCCGCUUUAUCGUACGCACACUUACCCGUGCCGAUUCAUCACGCUCCCCAGCCCUACAAAUUUGGAUACAGUGUAAAAGAUCACCACGGCGAACAGCAUAGAGAGGAAGUUGGAGAUGGUGCUAGUGGCGUAAAAGGCAGCUAUGGAUUCACCGAUGCCAAGGGUAACCACAGACAAGUCAACUAUGUCGCUGACCAUGCAGGUUUCCGCGCCCAAGUCAAGACCAACGAACCAGGCACUGCCAAUCAGAAUCCAGCUGCUGUUCAAGUGAUUUCCUCAGCCCCUUAUGCUGGAGCUGGAUAUGGUGUUUCAGGAGGAUAUGGGUUAGCGAGUAAUGGUGUAGGUUAUGGAUAUGGUGGUUAUGGAAACGCAGGCCUUGGAUAUGGAGGACUUGGCUACGGAUACGGAGGUCUCGGCUACGGAAGACUUGGUUACGGACACGGAAGUCUUGGCUACGGGGGACUUGGUUACGGACACGGAAGUCUUGGCUACGGAGGACUUAGUUAUGGAGACCUUAGCUAUGGAGGAUAUGGUCUAGGUAGCGGACUUCUUGGUGGUUUAGGAUAUGCCCGAUACGGGUAUUAAAUGUCACUGUACUAUUUAUUCCAAUAGAUGAACUUUGAAUAAAAAUUUAAAGAAAUUCAG